ACUUUUUCCUGCUUUGCAGGAGUCUUUUAAAACAAAAGAGAAUUUCUUUUGAACCACAACGGCUCAGGGCUGAAGAAGAGCUCAUCUGCCUUAAGCUGAGCUUACGACAUGGUGACAAGUUUGAUCCUGCAGCACCGGGAGCAGAAACUGAAACAACAUUUCAAAAGGGAAUCAUUUGAUUUUUCUUUUUCUGCUUCCUGCAGUUUUGAAAAGGUUUAAUUAGCAUAUUCUUGUUUAAGUCUGGACAAACGAGCUUGUCUUCUACUCACAGGCAAACAGGAAAUACUGAACAAGUUGGAGCUUACAUCUAACAAAGAAUGUAAGAUGUGCACUUCAAAAUUUUUGCUGCAAGUAGUAAACUCUGACAGCUGCCUCAAGAAGGAAACCACAAAGAAGCGCAAAAAUGACCAUGUUGUGGGUCUGGAGCUGUGUCUUCUGGUGUUGUGUAUCACUGGUCCAUUCAGGAAAGGUGCUUGUCUUCCCUGUUGAUGGGAGCCACUGGGUGAACAUGAGAGUCAUCAUAGAGGAGCUGCAUUCCAGGGGCCACCAGGUUACUGUCAUCCGACACACAAACAGCUGGUACAUCAAGGAGACCUCCCCGUUCUACACCUCUAUUAGAGUGAAUUUGAAGAACGACAGUAAAAACAUUGUUGCUGCUUUUGUGUCCAAGAACAUUGAGAUUAAGAGGGGAAGAAAUCCAGCCUGGUUGCGUUUUCUACAGGAAAUUGAAUAUUUUCCCCAAUUUCUUGAAUUCCAUAAAAUCACAUGCACCACUCUGGAGAGAAUUUUUGAAAAUCAAGAGCUAAUGCAGAUGUUAAAAAACACCAAUUAUGACCUAAUCUUGACUGAUCCGGCCACACCAGGAGGGGCCAUUCUUGCUCAUUACUUGAAGUUACCUCUUGUUUUCAAUGUUAGAUUUACCACUUAUGGUGAAGGCCAUUUCAUAAUUGCACCUUCUCCUCUGUCUUAUAUUCCAGUAGGAAUAGAGUUCUCGGACAAAAUGAGCUUCUUCCAGAGAGUCAUAAAUGUUCUUAUUUUUUACUUUAAUCAGCACAGUUUGGAGAAAAUGAUCACACCCCACUAUCAGGAUUUCAUGAAGAAAUAUUUUGGCCAAGAUGUUGACUUCUAUUCUAUGUUCCAAGCUGCAGACCUGUGGCUCAUGAGAGUGGACUUUGUGUUUGAGUUCCCUCGUCCCACCAUGCCCAAUGUGGUCUAUAUGGGAGGUUUCCAGUGUAAACCUGCUAAACCUCUUCCUGAUCUCUUGGAGGAGUUUGUGCAGAGUUCUGGAGAGCAUGGAUUCAUCAUCAUGUCACUGGGAACAUUGAUUGCAGAUCUGCCCGCUGACUUAGCUGAAGAGAUCGCUGCAGCUUUUGCUGAAUUACCACAGAAAGUCAUCUGGAGGUACAAAGGCAGCAGACCCUCCACUCUGGGGAACAACACCUUACUGGUUGAUUGGCUGCCACAGAAUGACCUUCUGGGACAUCCACACAUUCAAUUGUUUGUCAGUCAUGGAGGAACUAAUGGAAUCUAUGAGGCUAUUUAUCACGGAGUCCCGGUUGUAGGGAUUCCAAUUGUCUUUGAUCAAGCCGACAACCUCUCCAAACUGAGGGUCAGAGGAGUGGCGAGGACGGUGGAAAUCUCUGAUCUGGAUAGGACAAACUUUCAAGAAGCCAUUCAGGAUGUCCUGAAUGAUCCGUCCUACAGGAUGAACAUGCAGAGACUCUCCAGGCUGCACAGAGAUCAGCCGAUGAGGCCGCUGGAUACUGCCCUCUUCUGGAUAGAGUUUGUCAUGAGACACAAAGGAGCUGCUCACCUGAGAACCGAGUCUUACAAGCUGCCCUGGUACUCCUACCACUCUGUGGAUGUCAUAGUGUUUCUGCUAGCAGCUGCUGUGCUUCUGUUGUUCUCAAUCUUUGGUUUUCUCUGGUUUUGUUUCAGACUGUGUGUUCAAAGAAAACAGAAAUGUGAGUAAGUUCAUGUUUCA